AGAAUAACGUCGGGUCGGGUCAGCAGGCGCUGCAGUAGUCGCCGCAGCGGCGAUGGGAGCGGUGGGGACUAGGCGGCGGCGGCGGCAGGAGGAGGAGGAGCAGGGGCUGGCACAAGAGCAGCGGCUGGGGGCGGCCAGCAACAGCAGUAACAACAGCAGCCGCCGCCGCCGCCAGUAAACGCUGUCGGUACCCGAGGGUACUACCUAGCCCGCCGGCCCUCCAAGCCGCGCUCGGGUCCCGCCGCAGUCGGCGGCGGGGGAUGGGCAGGCGGCUGCGGUCCCGCCUGCUGAGGGUUGACCCCUGUCGGUUCCAGCCCUAAACUGGACUCGAGCUCUCUACCCGAAAUCUCUGCGUCCGCCGGGGCCCAGGUUAAAUGGAAACCACCCUUGGGAGCUGGAUGCCUGUGUAGCCAUUCUGUCUCGUCAGUGAAUUGCAAUGAGUGGAGGAGGAGAACAGCCAGAUAUCCUCAGUGUUGGAAUCCUAGUCAAAGAAAGAUGGAAAGUGUUGAGGAAGAUUGGGGGUGGGGGCUUUGGAGAAAUUUACGAUGCCUUGGACAUGCUUACCAGGGAAAAUGUUGCACUGAAGGUGGAAUCAGCUCAACAACCGAAGCAAGUUCUGAAAAUGGAGGUUGCUGUAUUGAAAAAACUACAAGGGAAAGACCAUGUUUGUAGAUUUAUUGGCUGUGGAAGGAAUGAUCGAUUCAACUAUGUGGUCAUGCAGUUGCAGGGUCGAAAUCUGGCAGAUCUACGCCGUAGCCAGUCUCGGGGCACAUUCACCAUUAGCACUACUCUUCGGUUGGGUAGACAGAUUCUGGAGUCUAUUGAGAGCAUCCAUUCUGUGGGAUUCUUGCACCGAGACAUCAAACCGUCAAACUUUGCCAUGGGUCGCUUUCCUAGUACAUGCAGGAAAUGUUACAUGCUUGAUUUUGGCUUGGCACGACAAUUUACCAAUUCCUGUGGUGACGUCAGACCACCUCGAGCUGUGGCGGGCUUUCGAGGAACAGUUCGUUAUGCAUCAAUCAAUGCUCAUCGGAACAGGGAAAUGGGAAGACAUGAUGACCUUUGGUCCUUAUUCUACAUGUUGGUGGAAUUUGUGGUUGGUCAGCUACCUUGGAGAAAAAUAAAGGACAAGGAGCAAGUAGGCUCUAUUAAGGAGAGAUAUGAUCACCGGCUUAUGUUGAAACAUCUCCCUCCAGAGUUUAGUGUCUUUCUGGAUCACAUCUCCUCUUUGGAUUAUUUUACCAAACCAGACUACCAGCUUCUUACAUCCGUAUUUGACAACAGUAUCAAGACAUUUGCAGUAAUUGAGAGUGAUCCUUUUGACUGGGAGAAGACUGGAACUGAUGGCUCCCUAACAACCACCACUACUUCUACCACCCCGCAGUUGCAUACCCGCUUGACCCCGGCAGCAAUUGGAAUUGCCAAUGCUACCCCCAUCCCAGGAGACCUGCUUCGAGAAAAUACAGAUGAGGUGUUUCCAGAUGAACAGCUCAGUGAUGGGGAGAAUGGCAUUCCUGUUGGUAUGUCACCAGAUAAAUUGCCUGGAUCUCCGGGACACCCUCGUCCACAAGAGAAGGAUGUCUGGGAAGAGAUGGAUGCCAACAGGAACAAGAUAAAGCUUGGAAUUUGUAAAGCUGCUACUGAAGAGGAAAAUAGCCAUGGUCAAGCAAACGGUAUUCUGAAUGCUCCAAGUCUCAGUUCACCAGUUCGUGUUCGCUCAGAGAUUACUCAGCCAGACAGAGAUGUUCCAUUGGUGCGAAAAUUACGAUCCAUACACAGCUUUGAGCUGGAAAAACGUCUCACAUUAGAGCCAAAGCCAGACACUGACAAGUUUCUUGAGACAUGCCUGGAGAAAAUGCAAAAAGACUCUGGUGCAGGAAAAGAAUCUUUUCUCCCUGCUCUGCUUCACAAGCCUUGUAUUCCUGCUGUGUCUCGUACUGACCACAUCUGGCACUAUGAUGAUGAAUAUCUUCCAGACGGUUCCAAGCCUGCCUCUGCCAACACUCCUGAGCAGGCAGAUGGUGGUGGCAGCAAUGGAUUUAUAGCUGUUAACCUGAGCUCCUGCAAGCAGGAUAUUGAUUCCAAAGAGUGGGUGAUUGUGGACAAGGAGCAGGACCUUCGGGAUUUUAGGACAAAUGAGGCUUUAGGCCAUAAAACAACUGCAAGUCCUUCUGAUGAGGAACCUGAAGUGCUUCAAGUCCUAGAGGAAUCUCCUCAAGAUGAAAAACAACGAUUGGAUCCAUGGUCAAAAAAUGAUCAUUUAAAGAAGGAAGCUUCAGGUGUGGUUUUAGCACUUUCUGGGGAGUACCCUGUCACUGCGGCUUCAGAACAGUAUACAGAUAGGCUGGAACUCCAGGUUGGAACUGCCAGUCAGUUUAUUGCAGCAACACCCACAAGUCCAAUGGAGGCACAAGCAGAAGGACCCCUCACAGCGAUUACAAUUCCUAGACCUUCUGUGGCAUCUACACAGUCAACUUCAGGAAGCUUUCACUAUGGUCAGCAGCCAGAGAAGAAAGAUCUUCAGCCCAUGGAGCCCACUGUAGAACUUUAUUCUCCCAGGGAAAACUUCUCUGGCUUGGUUGUGACAGAGGGUGAACCUCCUAGUGGAGGAAGCAGAACAGACUUGGGGCUUCAGGUAGAUAAUAUUGGUCAUGAAAUGUUACCCAAUACUAGAGAGUGUGACAAAUCCCAAGACCAGGGAUCGAAAGACCUUCCUGACCAUAAUCGAUUGACUGUGAGAGAUUUUGAUAAUCUCCCUAGGGAAACUGAAGAAAAAAGCAUUUUCUUAGGGUCAGACAAUGAAGAUGAAAAGUUAAGUAAAGGACAGCAUUGUAUUGAGAUCUCCUCUCUCCCUGGAGAUUUGGUAACUCUGGAAAGGGAUCACUCAGCCACCAGUGAGCCUCUUGAUGUGACAAAGACUCAGACUUUUAGUGUGGUGCCAAAUCAAGACAAAAAUCAGGAGGUAAUGAAGCUUUUGGCAGUUGAAACUUCAGAAAUUCCUUCACAGGUCAUUGACUCACAUGUUGAAGGACAGAUAGGUCAGGGGGCAAUAAUACAAAAAAGUAAAUUAUGUAAGGAUGAUGACAUCAAGACUGAAGACUUGCCAGGUCAUCAAGGUGACCUAUCUACUUUUUUGCACCAAGAAGGUAAGAGAGAGAAAAUUGCUCCUAGAAAUGGAGAACUGUAUCACUGUGUUUCAGAGAGUGAACAUUGUCCUCCAUCCCGGAAGGAUGUGGUUAGGUCAUCAUUUGUAACUAGACACAGUCGUAUCCCUGUUUUAGCACAAGAGAUAGACUCAACUUUUGAAUCAUCUUCUCCAGUCUCUGCAAAAGAAAAGCUUCUCCAAAAGAAAGCCUAUCAACCAGAUCUAGUCAAACUUCUGGUGGAAAAAAAGCAACUCAAGUCUUUCCUUGGGGAACUCUCAAGUGCCUCUGAUAAAUUGCUAGAAGAGAGACUAGCCACUGUUCCUACUUCCUUUUCUGAGGAGGAAGUCUUCACUCCCUUUUCAAGAAUGGCUGUAGACACACACCUGAGCAGGUCAGCUGAAGACAGCUUCCUGUCACCCAUUAUUUCUCAAUCCAGAAAGAGCAAAAUUCCAAGGCCAGUUUCAUGGAUCAGCACAGAUCAAAUCAGUAGCUCAACUUCAUCUCAGUUUUUGCCUCGGCCACCUCCAGGAAAACCACCCACAAGACCUGGAGUAGAAGCCAGGCUCCGCAGAUACCGAGUCCUAGGGAGCAGCAAUUCCGACUCAGACCUUUUUUCCCGCCUGGCCCAAAUUCUUCAAAAUGGAUCUCAGAAACCCCGGAGCACUACUCAGUGCAAGAGUCCAGGAUCCCCUCACAAUCCUAAAACACCACCCAAGAGUCCCGUUGUCCCUCGCAGAAGUCCCAGUGCCUCUCCUCGAAGCUCUUCCUUGCCUCGCACAUCUAGUUCUUCUCCAUCUAGGGCUGGAAGGCCCCACCAUGACCAGAGGAGUUCAUCCCCUCAUCUGGGGAGAAGCAAGUCACCUCCCAGUCACUCAGGAUCUUCCUCCUCAAGGAGGUCCUGCCAACAGGAGCAUUGCAAGCCCAGCAAGAAUGGCCUAAAAGGAUCCAGCAGCCUCCACCAUCACUCGGCCAGCACUAAAGCCCCCCCAGGGAAGAGUAAGUCAGCCAGUAAACUCAGCAGAUAGGAGCCGGGCUGCAUCUCUGUGAAAGGUGUGAGAUCUUCCUCCUAAACCUGAUACAUGUGUGUCCCUGUACUGUCUAUUUAAAAAAAAAAAUCAGUGUUGAUUUUCUCUUGCAAAAGAAAGUAACAUGAUAAAUUAUUUAAGAAGACAUAAAUAUAUGAUAAAGAAUUCUAAGGCAGGCAGCAAGCAGAUCAGGAAUCAAUCCUUUGCAAAGGAAGGGGCAACCCAGCAAAAUCCAAAGGGAAGAAACUCAUUAAAUGAACUCUCAUUGUUUAGCUGUCUUUGAAACAAAAGUGGUGAAGGUAGGAGGUAGAAUGGAAUUUUAAGGACUUGGCCUACUUUUUAAAGGCUCUACUCAAAGAUUAUAUAAUAUCAAAAGUUAAACUUCUUGUUUUAAGAUUUUCAUUCAAAACUUCCCAACCUUGGAGGAGUCAGAACUGCUCCAUUAUUAGAGUUUCUGAGAAGUCUGUUGCUGGGAAGCCAAUGCUCAUUCAUAUUUCACUUAUGUCUUUAUCUGGUGUGUUGAGAUUUCACGCCUUUACUUUGCCUCAUUCCUAUUUCACAUUUUUUAAAGAUAAUGUUUCUCACCCAAUCUGAUCUCUUAUUUUAACAAUACAUUAUAGUAUGCAUUUAGCAGCAAAUGCUAAGAAUUUUAAGUCCAGUAACUCUUAUUCAGUCCCUAAUAUUUUUCUUUGGAGAAACAGUUCUUAACUCAGUAUAUUUUUGUGUAUGUGAAAAAUAAUUGAUAAAACUUAAGGAAGGGAACAUCUAAAUGGAGGUUCCUGGCACGCUUUAUUAGAGAGUGGGGCAGAGAGUGGGGUAAAAUCCCCUUCAUGAGAAAAUAACUUUCUUCUCCCCUGUGGGAGGAGAACCGACCAGAGUAGACCUUGCUUCCUUCAGUCUCUGAGUACCAACUAUUGCUAUCCUUAACCUCUCAGAUGAUACCAGGGAAGUACAAUGGAAUAUGACUUUAUGUUUUAGAGACUUAGAAAGAAAAGCAAAAAGAAAGUAGAUAUGUUGUUGAAGUAUAUAAUCCUCAAACUUUGUAUUUCAUACAAUUAGCCAAUAAGAGAUGAGUAUCUGGGGAAAUAAAUCUAGGCUUAAUAUUUAUCUUUUUAACGUUUUAUUACCUGCUUCUGUGCUUUAGUUUGAAUAUUUGGGCUUCUUGACUUGAUUUCCAUGUACUAUCAAUUUAUAAAGCUAUAAGGAGAUUCAUAUUGUUCUAAAUCUCACUCCUGCUAACAGGAACCAGAAAAAUUAAAUUAUAUUAGACUUUCAAAAUGAUUCUUUUAUACUCUGUAGGUGUUCUAUGUUGUAAAAAUCUACCUUAUUAAGGUCAAGUAAAUUGGUCUGCUUGUUGAAAUUUGCCUUCUAGCAAACAUCUGUGCUUUCUCUUUGACCUUGUGUUUGCUGCCAAACCUAAUAUGGUUGAAUUGGGAAAAAGAAAAAAAAAAGGAAAGAAAUCUGUUUCCUUAUCAAGUGAACAUUUUCUAAUGCUGCAUCAAAGCUGCCCUGAAGCUGCACUGAACUUUCUUGUUCUCUUUAUCCGUGUUGAGCUUUUUUUAAGAAAAAAACAAAACUCAAAACACUAUUGAGGCAUAUAUGGUCUCCCAUAAGAAAUGUAGCAUAAUGUGGAAUCUUAAUUUCUUUCCCAUUUGAAGCACUACAGAGGAAUGCAAUAGAUAAGACAUAUUUGCUGUUUAACUAAAGCACCUAUAAUAUUGGAAGACCAAUCCUAUUGUAUUAUACUGUAUAAUAGUUGCUAUAACACUUAUUUGCAUGUCUUCAUGGUAAGCUAUAUAAAUAUUUAUAAAUAUAUAUAGAGAAACAUAUGCUUAUAUAAAUUCAUUCUUUCUCAUACUCCAUUUGUAAUUCAAGAUCACAGAUGGUGAAAUUCCUUUAUAUUGUGUGCCUAGUGUACACUUGGGCCAUGCCUAUCUUCAUUUUCUGAAAAUAUGUUCUUGGCAUGUGACACCUCAGAUUCUUCUUGCCUUCCCUGUGUAUAAUGCAAGGGUUGGCAGUCUUUAACUAGCCAAGAUAGAUUAUUUAACUUUAUUUUAAAAUAUAUUUUAAUAAGGGAAAAAAGUUACUAGGACAUGCUUAUAAUGCUGGUGCAAAGAUUUGUCAUGUUAAUCACAUAAUUCUUUUCUUAUGGUUAGAGAGGGUAAACUGGAAUGAUAAUCAUGGGUCUGACAUAAAUUGACUUUUUUUAAAAUCCCUUAAAAUUACUGUUCUACUUUCCUCUUUCACUUGGGGAAGGAAGAGUGUCCAAUUAGGAAGUCAUCAUUUUUUAUGUUGUAAUCGCUAAAUUGUGCUUUAUAAAGUAGCUAGCUUUAGUCCUGGCCACUGGCCUCUGGUCAGAAUUGCCCUGAUAGUAACCAUUGGAAAAACUGAUGGGGCUGCAAUUGUGGUUAUGAGUGUGUGAGUUUAUUGGCAUUUCUCUCCCAGCGGUCUAUACUGAUAGUGAAGGCAACAUGGCAGUUGAGUGUUUUCUUUCUUAGUUCCUUCUGUCUAUAACCCCCAAUUUUUACACUGUUGUUACCUUUUGUAAAUAUUUUAUUUAAAAAUGCAUCAAAAUCCAGAGAGAAACAAACACCUUGUGUCUGAAUAUUUUAUUUUGCAUGUAGAGGAGUGAACCAAAGAUGUUUCUUCUCUGAUACUUUCAAAAGAGAACAGGCUAAUUAUAGUUUACAUAUCAAUAAGUCCACUUAAAAGUACUGUCUUCUAUAUUUAUUUUAUGGUUUUCAAAGCAUAGUCUAUGCUUUCAGAUUCACUCAGACUCAAAGAGUUGGCAGCCCUGAACAAGGCACUUUUGGCACAAGAACUUUUAUUUUUUGUUUUAUUUUAGAGUAUGAUAUAGAGAACAAAUGGAUUGUUAUUUUUAGUUCUUUAAUAUUUAUUUUUGUGGGUUUUUUCUUAGUGAUAGCAUAUUUCAGAUUUCAGUGACAAAUAUAGAUUAUCCAAGUAAUUUUAAACCAGUUUGGUUAUUCUACCUAAGAUAGGAACAUGAUUAAAGUCAAGCCAAACUAUACCAAGAGUACUCUGGGCCAGAAAUGAAAAUUACCUUUUGAAAUUAGGGGCCUACUGGUUUCUCGUGUCAUGAUGCAAACUGACUGGUUACCUAGUCACACUUGCCCUUGCUUUCCCUUCUCUAGUCUCUGUAAUUACUUGGGUGAAGAUAGAAUUAGUUUUAGCUCAGGCCCAUCAAUUAGUACUCUUCCUGAAGUAUGCUGCCAAAUCUCCAAGGUGUACAGAUUGGUCGAAAUACUAAAUUCUACAUAGUAAUCUUUUGUACAACUUAAAGGUAUUUAACUUUAAUAUAUAAUGAACAAAGAAGAACUGGGUCAUAUCAAAUUUGACCAUAAAGCAUGGAUUAUAAACAUCUUUGAAUGACCAGUCUUAGGCAGGCACUCUCAUUCUUAACUUGGUAUGCAAGCUGGCCUUGCUGACAGUGGCCUAGUUACAUUUAUUGUUUUUAAGUUGCAUGUUGUGAAGUGAAUGUCUUUUGUAAAAGUUGCCAAGUUAAUUAAGUCCUAAAUAAGUAGCAAGAUGGUAAUUGAGACCCACUGUUGUCAUUAUCUACUUUAUAUUCUUUGAUUUAAGGUACUAAACAAAUCUCAGUUGCUUACUAAUUCAGUGGACUAGCUGUGCAGUAUCUCUGCCCAGCUCCUAGCCACUGUGGGAACUUGAGGUUCCUCAGUAAUCAUCAGAGAUUCUUUCCAGGUCACAGAUUUUUAUGUGAAUGUUUCUAUGGUUGCAUUCAAUCUACCAGGAAAAAGUAUACAUUGGUGCAUGUUUUAUAAACCCAGACACAGAUAGUUAAAACUAUAAUUAGUUUUUCUAUACCCAAUAGCUUUGAAUUAAAAAGAUGCUUUUCCCAAAGGAUGAUUUUUUGUUCUAAAUCCUAAGUCUAACAUUAGGAAUUGAUGACAGGAGAAACAGGAUCUAGAAUUCAGAAUUUAGUGGCUUAGGGAAAAAUGCAUCUUACUGUGGCUAUUUGAAAAUAUAUUUACUUGUAGAUAAGUCUAUCUUUAGUCUUGGAGAUCAAAUUUUUCACAAUUUAAAAACUUUUCAUUCCUUUAUAUUUAUCAAACAUGACAUGUUAGGGAACCAUUUCUCCUGUCAUGUUCAUGUAUAUUGGAAUUAAGUUAUUUGCAUUCAUUCUUUUAAUGUGCAUUUACCACAGAUGUGUUAGAACUUUGCCUACAGGGAGAGAUAUUUUAGCAUCUGUAUCAUUAAGAAGAUUGUGAUUGACAACAACUGUAUGUGUAAUUUUCUUAAGUUUGGGUCUGUAGACAGUUUAUUUGCAGAAUACUUAUCUAUGUUUUAAUGCAAAAAGUACUGUAGGAUUAAGGCAUGUAACCACUAUAUCACUGUGGUAGUCCUCAAAUAUCAUUGUUUACCCAAGUUCAGAAGCCACAGAUGGGUAUUUAGACCUUGCUUUAGGGAAGGGAACAGGAGUUAGUUCCAGUUCUCGGACAAAAUGGGAGGAUAUAGUACAUAGAAAACCCCAGGUGAUUGUUUAGGACAUUUUACUUCCCCGUCGUCAUCCAAUAAAACUCUGGUGUGUACCACAAGGAUGUGGGAGAAGUGUGGAAAUAUCACUGGAUAUUUUCAAUAUUUUGGUUGUCCCUGGAAUCAUGCAAAACUUAACCCAGCUAAUCUCUGCAAUCUGCAGAAUCUGUUGCCAGCAUUGCUAAGGAGAACAAUAGAAGUUAUAUGGGGAAAUCUUAUGUUCUUAGGACCUGGGACAAUGAUACCUAUUCAUUUAGAAGUGAAUUUGGAUGAUGCACACCACAAAUUCUGAGAAACACUGACUGGCUAUGGAACAAUGACAGUAAAGUCUUGGCUCAUCAAAACAUUUUCAAACUCAGUUAUGAUUAUCUGCUUCAGUUAUGAUUUAUCUGCUUUUAUGAUUUAUCUGCUUUUAUUCCACUUGAACAAAUUUUAAUCAGAUGUUUGACAAGGUCAAAAUCACCUUGAGGUUAUAUAUAAUCUUACAACACUUACGUAACAAAGUAGGUAACAUUUAUACAAGAAUGAUUUGAACAUUUCCUUAGAAUUUGCUGGAAAGAAGGGAAGUCUUUUCCUUUGUGGCUCUGAAACUUUAACAGGGUCUGCCUUUUAAAUUGAAA